AUGGGCUUCUUUAACAAUAUCUUUGCGCGAAAGAAUGGCAACAAGGCUUCGCUCAAGGGUCAAGCGUACAAUUCGACCGUAGCCUCGAUUCCACCAAUUCAAGGAACAUACCCAGUCGCUGGAAAUGGCCCAAACGUGUUGGAUCAGCUGCAGCGAGCAGCCAGAAAACGCAGCCAAGCCCAACUAUCAACGGUAUCACAAGAUCCAGCAGCGCCACCUCCCAUGGCCCCCCGAUUCAGAGGCCCAUCUCCCUUCCGCCCAACAACAGCUCCAAACCAAGCCAACAGCCACUCAUCCCGCCCUCUCUCCCUCUCACGAAGCAUUCGAAGCUCCAAUUCAGCAUGGAGUGUCCCCGAGCGACCAACACGAGGUCGCGAACGCCCACCGCCCGUACCAUCGAUCCCAACACACCAUCGUCGCGAGAGCUCGGCAGAUUCAGCGCAUGAUAAGCGGAAUUCGUUUAUAGACAUUCUCGAUGCGCAGGGGGAAUUUAGACCUUCCAACUUUAGAUCGCGGGUGGCUGCUUCGGGGGCGAGGGAGUAUGGGGAAGACGUUGCGGAGAGGAAUAUUGGCGAGAAUGGCGUGAACCUUGGUAGUGCUGCUGCCAAGGCCUUUUAUCGACUUUCUGGUGGGAGGGAGUUGCAGUCGUUUGAGUAUGAGGAAGACGAGGACGAUUCUGCGCCGGCGCCGGGAGUUCCGCAUGGCGAUUUGGGGACGAUACGGGAGGCUAGGUCAAGGCCUUCAAGUUCAUCAGCAUGGAGAUCUCUCUCGGGAUCAAUUGGUAAUGAUCUACCAAGAUCAGGCAAGUCGAAUCGACGAGAGUCACAAUCCAAUCUCAACCCAGGAAGAUUAUCGAUGCGAGAUCGGAGAAGGUCGUUCAAUGCUUUUGCUUCUCCAUCAGAACCCGAACCUCAACCUCGCAAACCUAGGCCUACGAGUCUACAUCCUUCACUAUCCAGUGGCUUCACAUACGAGACUUCAUCUUCACCACCGCCAGUUCAAAGAUCUCGACCAAAGACAAGCGAAGGUCGAAGCCGAGGAAGGAGUUUUAGUCGUGUUGAGAUUGAUACAGUCGACGAGGCGUUUGAUGGAGCUGCGCCGUGUCCAAUUAUUCCAGCACAGUUCAGACCAGACAAGCGAGCAAGUGUAUAUCUUGAGCCAAACUACCGAUAUGACCGAAACGAUGCACAUCAUCCUCGGCCAGAGUCGUAUCACGGCGGAUCAACUCUUUCGUCGUAUCCACGAAGCGAACUGUCACAACCAUCGCGUCCGUCAAGCUCUUCGUCAAUCGACAAACCAUUUCCUCGAUCUCGCACCAUGGCCAGCGUUGCUCUACGAAACCAGCGUCUAGACGACAUAAACGAACACAUUCCUGUACGGACAUCAUCUCUAAACGUCAGCUCACAGGCAAACAUCACUCCUAAAACACAGUCAUCAGGUUUCUCAAGCAUUCAAUACCCCGUUGGUCAUCAUACGCCAAGUACAUCUAUCGAUGCAUCUCUCCCGCCUUCGAUCAAGAUACGACCUGAGCAUGAGCAGGGCGCUGCAGUGAACCAGAACACUCAGCAUAACUCACCUGGGGAUGACUAUUCCGCCAAGACACUUGUCCCAUCGCGGUUGGAUGUCGAGCAACAUCUUGGCCAUCCCAUGACAACCGGUCACGACAUGGAUCUCUACCUCUCCGACGCAAGCGAAGACUCAAUAGACUCAUUCGUCGCAUGGAAAGAGAAGCGCCGCGACGGCGAAGGACUCCUUAUGAAGGACAACUACGGCAUGUCAGGCGGCGGUCUCCCAGGGAUAUACGAACCCCUCCCCAUUCUCAAAGCUCCCGCCUCACCUCCCCCCAUCCCCGUGAUCCCCUCUGCACCAGUCUCCAAACGUCCCAAAACACCAAAAAGUCCAAAGAGCCCUCGCACACGAAGCAACAAAUCUACACCCCGCCGCACGCGCCAAUCCCGCAGCCGCACAACUACCCCCCGUCGCACGCGCCAGGUCUCUACCUCUGAAGACCCAGACUCGGAUUCAUUCUGGGAGAGCGACGCCCCCGUCGCACCAGGUUUUGUGUCUCUUGCAGAUUUAGGAAUUGAUCUUCGUGAGAUAGGGUGGGAUCAGUAUGGGCUUACGGAGGCGGAUGAUGCAAAGGUUGAUAUACAGACUGCUAUUAAACUGCGCAGGGCGAUGGAGAGGAGGAAGAAGCAGCAGCAGAGGAUUGAUGAUGAGGGGUGUGCGGCGGAUGUGGAGGAUUAA